CUAGAAAAUAAAUACUAAAAACGAAGUAGGAAACAUAAUAAAAGUAGUAAUUGAAAAACAAAAGAAUCUUGAAGUACAUUCAUUCAAAACAAUAAACACCAUAACAAAAAAAAAACAAAAAAAUAAUAAUUGCACAAAAACUAAUGGAAACAACACCCCAAGUGUUUUCCAAAAAACAGGAGACAAAGUACAUUGAAAUUGAAACCUUAAGAAAAUAAUAGCAAUAAAGAAAAAUAAAACAAAUAUUUUUCUAGUAGAAUACACAAAUGAUAUCAAAAAAUCAAUAAAGUAAAGUUACAAAGAAAGAGAAUUGAAACAAAAAAUAAAAUAAAACAAUUUGCUAAAUAAAGACCACAACGGACUUUCACUUGUUAGCCCUAGCUGCGACAGUAAACCUACAAUAUGACGGAGACUCCGAGUAAUCGAAAAAUUCCUCUUAAACAGGCUGAAAUAGCCGUCAGACGUUUUAACGACAUGGCCAUACCUCACCAUUUGGGUCUGUUGAAAAAUCAUCGCAGUAAUAUUGAGAAAAGUUUAGCCUUGGGCGAUUGGAAUAAAAUUAAAAAAGAAGAAAUAAAUGCUAUGCGUGUCAUAAAACAGGUGAAGAAUCUACUACUUGAAAUGGAUACACUUAGAGAAAAGGUCAGAGAUGAAGAUCUUGAAAGAUUUGAUGCCAUGAUGGAGGUGGGGAAACAGAAGGCUUUUGAGGGUAUGAAAGAAUAUUUGGAACUACAACUAAAAUCACCCACAAACACUCUACGUUCCCAGGGACCCUGUGAUGAUGAUGAGGAACCUGAACACCUUAACUCUCCCGUAGAAAUAGGACAAACACAGGCGUAUCAAGAAUCAUUACCCCAUAUAAAAACAGAAUUUCAAGCCGAUGAACAUUUACUAGCACAAAGACAGUCCUGUUUAGAAGAACUACUACACUUGCAACAUGAAAUACGAGAUUUAAAUGGCAUGUUUCACAAUAUGCGUGAACUAACACAAGAACAAGCGGAAAGCGUACAAGCCAUAGCCGAUAAUGCUGAAGAAGCUCUUGAAAAUGUACAAAUUGGUGAAAGUAACUUACGUAAAGCUUUAUCUUACAAAAAGGCCAUGUACCCGGUAAUGGGAGCUUUAUUGGGUACAUGUGUAGGAGGUCCCAUAGGUCUAGUGGCAGGCCUUAAAGCGGGUGGUUUGGCUGCAGUAGGUUGCGGUAUUUUAGGUUUUACCGGAGGUUCUGUUUUAAAAUCUAAUCCCGCCAUAAUGCAAGGCAAUAUUGAAGAAGAACAAAUACCUAAUAAUGAUAUUAAUACUCAAGAGGACAUAGAAAUGAAUAAAAAGGAGGAAUGACAAUUGAUGCCUGCUAAUGCAGCAAAUCAAUCGUUAACAGUAUGGGCUGCCUCCACUAGGCAACUAAUGAACGUAAGAGCCUCAGCUGCAGCUAGAUUAGAUCCAGUGGCACAAGCCACAACUGGGGUAUUGUGCAGUGUUAAGUCAUAUUGUUCCAUACAAUAAACAAACAAAAAAUUAUUAGAUUUAAAAUUAAAAUCCAUUUCAUAAUAUUGUUAACUCGUUUUUAUAAGUUUUUUUUUCAACUAUUUUUUUAAAUGUUGACAUUUUAACCAGUAGACUUUAAAAAGAUGUCAUUAAUCAAGGAAUAUUUAAGCAAAUGAAGAAAUUUCUUUGCUUGCUAUUAAACAUAUUUCAUGUAUGUAGAUAUUAUUGUUACACAAUAAAAUAAAAACGUAUUUAAAUUUAAAAAAA